ACAGGCAUUUUUACAGACGCCUAGGCGCGGGGCUAUCAGAAAAGGACCCAAACAACAUGUCCCGGAAAUUUUAAGAUCAUGAAGUAAACAUUGGCGUUAACGCUUAAAUUAUCUGACUUCCUGCUCUUUCAGACUCUUCAGAGUGGAUACAAUGAACAACAUGUCCCCUGAGGUUGCACUGCACCGGAUCUCACCGGAGUUGCGGCCCUUGCUGUGCAGUGUGGUGCGGAACGGCCGUGUAGGACUCGACUCCACAAACUGUCUCCGUGUCACAGACCUCAAAACUGGAUGUACAUCUCUGACCCCUGGUCCCUGCUGUGAUCGCUUCAAACUUCACAUCCCCUAUGCUGGAGAAACCCUGAAAUGGGAUAUCAUAUUCAAUGCUCAGUAUCCAGAACUGCCACCAGAUUUUAUUUUUGGAGAAGAUGCAGAGUUUCUCCCUGAACCCUCAGAACUACGGCACUUGGUUCAGUGGGAUGCUGGGAACCCAGAAUGUUUGCUCCAGCUGGUGAAGGAACUUAUCCAGCAGUACCACCACUACCAGUGCCAGCGUCUGCGUGAAAGCUCCAGGCUGCUCUUUGAGUAUGAUAGCCUGCUGGAGGAUCCCAACUACGGCCGCAACAUGGAGAUUUACGCUGGACGCAAGAACAGCUGGACAGGAGAGUUCUCAGCCCGUUUCCUUCUCAAACUCCCUGUGGACUUCAGCAACAUCCCCGUCUAUCUCCUCAAGGACACAGCACUGGACCCUGGAGAGGACGUUGCCCUUCUCUCAGUGAGCUUCGAGGAUGCUGAGGCUACCCAAGUCUUCCCAAAACUCUACCUUUCCCCCAGCAUUGAACAUGCUCUGGGAGGCUCCUCAGCACUUCAUAUCCCAGCAUUCCCCAGUGGAGGAUGCCUAAUUGACUAUGUCCCUCAAGUGUGCCAGUUACUCACAAACAAGGUGCAGUAUGUCAUCCAAGGUUAUCACAAGAGGAGAGAGUAUAUCGCUGCCUUCCUCAGCCACUUUGGAAUGGGCGUGGUGGAGUAUGAUGCAGAGGGAUUCACAAAACUCACUCUUCUACUUAUGUGGAAGGACUUUUGCUUCCUAGUACACGUGGAUCUCCCGCUGUACUUCCCCAGGGACCAGCCCACCCUCACCUUCCAGUCCGUGUACCACUUCACCAACAGCGGUCAGCUCUAUUCUCAGGUGCAGAAGUCGUAUCCCUACAGUCCUCGCUGGGACGGCAAUGAGAUGGCAAAGAGGGCCAAGGCGUACUUCAAGAGCUUCAUCCCUCAGUUCCAAGAGGGAGCCUUUGCCAACGGGAAACUCUAGUACUCUCUGGCUUAAUGACAUGCCCGGAGAGCUGCCUCUGGGAGUGUGUAUGUGAGUGCGUGUUUGUGCAUGCCAUUGUGUACCUGUACAUGAGUAUGCACAGACUUACCAUUUAUGAAAUGCACUGUACUGUGAGAAUGAGUGUGCUUAUUGCACACAGACUCUGAAAUGCAUUCACUUUUUAUUUUAGUUUUGUGGGAUCGGGCUGAAAUGAUGAUUGUUUCUUGCUUGUUGCGGGCUCACAGUAAAGGCCCUUUUUUUUUUUUGAAGAGAAUCUCCAAACUUUGAUAGGACCUUGAUGUAACAAUCUAUCCAAUCUGUCCGGCUAACCUAACAAUAUCUAGAAUUGUUUAUUUGUGUUCUGCCAAUAAAGUCAUAAACAAAGGGUUGAGCUCGCAACACUCCAUCCAGAGCUGCCGUGCUAUGUUCAUGUAAACAUAUAAACUAUUAACUAGAUGUAAAUCACAAAGAGCUGCAUGGACAAUGCAACACCUUUGUUUACUGUUUGUUUGUCUUUGUCACUCAAGUGAAUGUCAAGUUUGGCUCCGCUGCCAAUGUUAAAAGGAUCUACAAAUAGUUUUGCCUUUUAUUUGUCUGUAUGUUCCAUUUGACUGUUUAAAGGCCUACGAAGUCUUUUACUGACAUGUUGACCGUGUAAGUUACUGAAGAAUAUGGUUUGUCUAAAUUUCUUUCCAGUAAAAGUCUGUUUCCCCUGA